AUGGCGGGCUUCUUUAACAAACUCAAGAGUGCGGGAAAUACCACCUCGAGCCCCACGAGCAAAGAUGCGCCGAGCAAGAAGGUCAAGGAGGAGCCGGCGCCAGAGCUCACUCCUUUGGAGAAGAUGCUGCAGAAUGCCGGGCCCUUGAGAGAAGAUGGCACCGACAAGUUCUUCGGCCUCGAGAAUGUAAUUUGGCAAUACAUGGUAUGCCGCUCCGUCGCCAUCUUCUGCUCCUGCCCACUGACUGUUCGCAGCUACUGCAACUCGAUCGUCCAGGCACUGUUCUAUUCAGAAUCCUUCCGUGAUCAUGUUAUCAAGUACCCGCUGCUGUCACCUUCCGAUACCCCGAACGGAACACGACCGAAAGUUAACGUGACGAUCCGGCCGCCCGUCGCGAAAGACCCCCCGAAUACGCCAGGAGCGAAGCAAAAGGGCCUCAGUGCCUCAGAAUCGAUGAAGCGCAGGCAGGCUAUGACCGCGGGAAUGCCCCCUCCUGGCGCGCCAGGUAUUCGCCCUGAGGACAAGCCCGAUUCACCGGAAUACAAGAAGAAGCAUGCCAUGAUCAAGGGCCCGAUUCUCGAGUUGGCGCAAGAGAACCCGUCUGCGUACGGCAUGGAGGAGUGCACCUUCACCGGGCUCAAGGAUAUUUUCCAGGCCCUGAUCGAGAGCAACACCAGGACGGGUGUCCUUAGCCCACAACGGUUCCUAGAAAUCUUUAAGCGAGACAACGAGAUGUUCCGAAACUCGAUGCACCAGGAUGCUCACGAAUUCUACGGCCUCGUCCUCAACGAUGUCAUCUCCAACGUCGAGGCAAAUGCCAAACGCGCCCAGGAGCGGGGAGCUGAGAACAGAGAUGGCCUGGUUCAGUCCGUGGAAAAUGCUCUCGGUGCCGCGAACCUAAUGAACCGGCCAGCGAAUGGAAUGGGCUCACCAGGAACUGGUUGGGUCCAUGACAUCUUUGAGGGUGUUUUGACUUCAGAAACGAAGUGCCUCACCUGCGAAACGGCUUCGCAAAGAGAUGAAACGUUCCUGGACUUGUCCAUCGACUUGGAAGAACACUCAUCGGUUACAUCUUGCCUCCGCAAGUUUUCGGCUGAAGAGAUGUUGUGCGAGCGCAACAAGUUUCAUUGCGAUCACUGCGGUGGACUUCAAGAGGCUGAAAAGCGAAUGAAGAUCAAGCGGUUACCAAAGGUUCUCGCGCUGCACCUAAAGCGCUUCAAGUACACUGAGGAUUACAGUCGGUUGCAGAAGCUCUUUCACCGCGUCGUGUAUCCGUAUCAUCUACGCAUGUUCAACACCACCGACGACGCAGAAGACCCUGACCGCCUGUAUGAGUUGUACGCCGUCGUCGUUCACAUUGGUGGAAACGCCUACCACGGCCACUACGUCUCGGUCAUCAAAACUAAAGACAGGGGCUGGGUUCUCUUCGACGAUGAGAUGGUGGAGCCGGUUGACAAGCACUUUGUCCGGAACUUCUUCGGCGACAAGCCUGGCAUGGCUUGUGCCUACGUCUUGUUCUACCAAGAAACCACCUUCGAAAAGGUACAGGCUGAGAUGGAGGCUGAGGGUCUGGAGGAGGUUAAGAUUGCCAGCGAAGCCGCCAACGUCGCCCAUGAGAACGGACAGCCAAACGGCACAAACGGCACAACUCCCCUUUCGAAACAAUCUACGCAACCCAUCAGUCCGAUCGAGGAACGCGAGCCGCUCCCGAAUCUCGCGCACGCGCAGACAGCUCCCGUCAAGGUGGACGCUCCACCCCCAGAGAAGCUUCCACCAACGCUCGAGACGGCCGCUACUCCUACGGCUCCUACUAUUCCCACCAACAUCAUCAGGUCCAACACAGCGGCGAAGAUGGACAAGUCGAAGGACGACAAGAAGCGCGAGAAGAAGGAGCAGGAGGCCGCAGAGAAGGCGCGGAAGCAAGCCGAGAAAGAUAAGGCGAAGCAGGAAGAGAAACAACAGAGAGAGAACAUGGCUAGGAGAAGGGAUGCCUACCAGCGAGAGCAAGAAGAGUUGCGCAAAGCAAUCGAAGCCAGCAAGAAAUCUGCGCAAGACGACACCAAGAAGAAGGAUUCGUCCAGCUCAGGUGGAUUCCUCAACCGGUCCAGUCGGGCCAGCAAAUCGAUGAGUAAGAAGAGUUUCGGAUUCCUGAGCAAGGACAAGGACAAGGGCGAAUCGCAUCAACCGUCGGAGAACGGUCACAACGGCUCCGAAGGAUCAACAAGCCAGCCAGACAAACCCAAGGAGUUAAAGGAGCGAUUCAGUUUCAAUCUUGGCAGGAAGAAGAGCGGCAACUUGCUCUCAUGA